UAUUCAGCGUGUGUGCGUCUGCAGGGCCGGUGGGUGAUGCUGAGCGAGGAGCUGGGUCAGGCCCACCAGGCCACGGCUCCUGUCCCGCUGUGGUUCCGCUACCUGGUCACCUACCAGGAGGUGGACGGUACCCCCGGCCUCACACUGGGAGUCCUGCUGGCUUUGCUCUACCUCAUAAUGAAGCUUUUAGGAUUGUACGGACAGUGGACGUCCAUACUGAAAACUGUGAGGGUCUUUCUAAAUGGCGAGCAUACAGGCACAGCAGCCACUAGGAGUCAGUGCAGCGAGGCCGGAGAUGUGUGUCCCAUCUGUCAGGGCGAGUACCGGGACCCCCGGGUGCUGCUCUGUCAGCACAUCUUCUGUGAUGACUGCAUCGCGCUGUGGUUCAACCGGGAGAAGAGCUGCCCUCUGUGCCGCACCGUCAUCACUGAGAAGGUCUACAAGUGGAGGGACGGAGCCACAUCUCCACACCUGCAGAUUUAUUAAGUAUUAAGGUAUAGGUGGGGGGGAUCUAGGGUGUUGGGCUUGUAUUUAUAAUGUGAUUUUUUUUUUCUCCAUACCCCUCUGUCCAGUGAAGUUAACACUGUUUCUUUAACAGGCUAAGGGCCACCAGUUGCACCUACAGUUAUGUUUCUGAUUUAUUCACCAGUCAUCCCUAUUCUUCACUCUCACAGACGACAGAGCUGAUUAUUGUCAUGCCCUUAAGUGAUUUAUUUUGUAUUUUAAAGGUGGGGUAGAUCAUUUUGGAGAAACCAGCUCGAGUGCACAUACACAGCCGGA